AUCGCCAGCCUCUUCCUUCCCCACAGGCCACAGCCCAUCCCUCUGCCAUUUCGCAUCGUCCAAAACUUCGAAACCGGCGCCGCCGCCCCGCCGCGUCUCCCGCCGCCGACCGGAUCCUCCGGCCUCCCGCUCCCCGACGCGGUCGCGUCAACUCCACCUGCACCCUCACGACCUCGUCUCCGCGGGCGCACAUGAUCACGCGGUCAAAGCCGAGAGGCACAGACACCCAGCCCUCCAAGUACUAGCAGCAGCAACCCAAUGCUGUGCUCCUCCCACCACCCCUCCACCUCCUCCUGCGCGCACAAGUCAACUCCCGCCCGCGGCCGCCGCGCCUCACGCCGGCCCCCAUGGCUCGUUCCGCUCCCGCUCUCGUCGCCGUCUUUCUCCUCGUCCUCGCGCUCCUCACCCUGGACGCGGCGCAGGGCCAACAGCCCUUCCCGCCCACCGAUCCCUCCGAUGCGGAGGCCCUGCACGCUGUGUUCCGGCAGUGGCGACUGGAGGGGGAGGCGGCGGCGGAGAAUCCGUGCAUGAAGCGCGUCUGGUCCGGAUCCUUCGAAACAAACGCGUCUAUCGACUGCAAUUGCCCCAGCUGGUGCCGAAUCACGGGCCUGAAUGUGACUGGGUACAGGAAUAUCACGGAGAUCCCGCUGGCUCUCUUCAAUUUGACGGAGCUCAUCUCCCUGGAUCUAAGUAAUAACAACUUGAAUGGUUCAAUACCCCCAGAAGUUGGCAAUCUUUCCAAACUGGAAACAUGGCACUUCAACAAUAACAAUCUCAGUGGAUCUUUUCCUCAUGAAUCGUCACUUUUAAGAAAUCUGAAGUCCCUGUGGAUAUUUGAUAAUAACGUCGAAGGGCUUAUUCCAGAAUUUAUUCAGAACUUAACCAGUCUCACAGAUUUGCGUAUAUAUGGGACAAAACUUCAAGGACCUAUCCCAAAAAAAAUCUCAAAUUUGACCAAUCUAGAAGUCCUGAUGCUUGGUGAUCUUGGUGGCAACCAUUCUUAUUUUGAUGUCAUAGGAGAGUGGGCAAACCUUUCAACAUUAUCUCUAAGGAAGUGUGGGCUCACAGGCCAACUGCCCAAUACUCCCCCAAACUUGCCCAAGCUGAAAUACCUGGAUUUGACGUCGAACAAUUUAUCAGGCUCUUUAAGACUAUUGCUUCCAUAUAAGGACUCAAGCUUCAUAUAUAUAGGUGAAAACAGCUUCAGUGAACGUCUGCCUCCUGAAAUUGUUCAACAAAAUGUUUCUUUGGAUGUUUCAUACAAUCGUUUUGUUAACGGAUCCCUUCCUACUGCCCUUACUGGUCAGAAGUGGCCCAUAAAUUAUAUCGGAACUUCAGUUGAUGCCAGUGGAACAGUCAACAGUGAUAUUCUUACUAUCCUCAACUGCCUUCGCAUGAAAGGAUGCAACAGAAGCAGUGUAACUACAGGAGCAGAUCAUACAAUUUUCGCCAUAAACUGUGGUGGCAAGCAAAUUGAUUAUUCAGAUCAAAUGCCAACUGUGUUCUCGGAAGACCUAACUGAUCUUGGAGGAGCAGGCUUCUAUGUUAACACCACCAGUCAUUGGGUAACCAGUCACGUGGGUUCUGAUCCAUUCAAUAAAUCUGCCGGUAUCGUAAAUAUAGACAAUAUUUUGGAUUCAGACAUGCCAGAACUCUACAAAACAGCAAGAACGUCAACAAGCUCGUUGCGGUACUAUGUCGUAGGUUUGGCUAACGGGAAAUAUACAGUCAAACUCUUCUUUGCAGAGAUAGUCAUAACUGAUGGACCUGGAAGGCGCUUAUUUGACAUUGAUAUUCAGAAUCAAAAUAUCAGGAAGGAUUUUGACAUUACUAAGGAAGCUGGGGGUUCCAGAAAAGGCACCAACAUAACCCAGGAAGUGUCUGUUAACAACUCUAUAUUGGAAAUACAUCUGUAUUGGAGUGGACGCGGCACCUGCUGUAUCCCAUAUAAAGGAGCUUAUGGGCCACUGGUGUCAGCAAUUAAAGUUACCCGUUCCCAAGACCCGACGAUCAGUCCCCCACGAGCACCAAGUUCUGAUUCUGCACGACAGGAUGAGAAGCGAAGAGGAGUAGUUGCGGGCAUUGCUGCACUUUGCAUAGCUGCAGCGGUGAUCUCUUCAUCUGUUGUCUACCUUUGGUGGAAAUGGGUUUCGCUUGUGAAGCGUCCAAUGGCAUGAGGAUCGAGUACGUCUGAUGUAUGUAUAUAGCCGAUUCUUCAAUUUCCAUGGCAUGCGAAUGGGCCCAUGUUUUUUGUCUGUGCGUGUGGGUGUUUCGUGUGCUGAGGUUAGUUGCAAGCGUAGCCAAGAUGACAUGGAUGUACAGUGGCCUUUGUUGUGCGCCGAGUCUGAUUUUAGGUCUCCAGUUUGGUUUCACGAUGAUUGUAACCCAGGAAAUUAUCUGACAUUCUACUACUAAUAUAAUAUGCAAAUUUCUUUGAUCAAACUAA